AUGCCUGUCGUCCCACCCGAGAAGCUCAUCAAGCUUCAGCAUGCCGCCGAUGGCAUUCGAAACAUUUGCAUCCUUGCUCACGUCGACCACGGCAAGACAUCGCUAUCAGAUGCCCUCAUUGCCACAAAUGGAAUCAUUUCACCAAAGCUGGCCGGCAGGAUACGCUACCUUGACUCGAGGCCCGAUGAACAGCUCAGAGGAAUCACCAUGGAGUCCUCGGCCAUUUCCUUGUACUUUUCCCUCUUAAAACGCUCUGCGCCAGACGCCGCCCCCGAGCAAAAAGAAUACCUUAUCAACCUCAUAGACUCUCCCGGACACAUAGACUUCAGCAGCGAGGUAUCCACUGCUUCAAGACUAUGCGAUGGUGCCGUAGUGCUGGUAGACGCUAUAGAAGGUGUCUGUAGUCAGACUGUCACCGUUUUGCGACAAUGUUGGAAUGAAAAGCUCAAGCCUUUGCUUGUCAUUAACAAAAUGGACCGCCUCAUUACCGAAUGGAAGAUGGGGCCUCAAGAAGCCUACACACAUUUGAAUAAGGUCAUCGAACAGGUAAAUGCUGUCAUGGGUAGCUUUUUCCAAGGCGAGCGUAUGGAAGACGACUUGCGCUGGCGUGAGAGGGUCGAAGAGCGCGUCACUGCAAAAUCUACAAAGGACACUGUCGUCGAGGAUGGUACCACUGCCCCUACCUCCGAUGUUCCUGCCGAGUAUGAGGAGAAGAGUGACGAGGACAUUUACUUUGCUCCCGAGAACAACAAUGUCAUCUUCAGUAGUGCCAUAGACGGAUGGGCCUUUACACCUCGUCAAUUUGCUGCCAUUUACGACAAGAAACUCGGCAUGAAGCGCGAGAUCCUGGAAAAGACCCUUUGGGGCGACUUCUACCUUGAUCCAAAAACUAAACGUGUGCUCGGGAGUAAGCACUUGAAGGGCAGAAAUUUGAAGCCCAUGUUUGUCCAGCUCGUUCUCGAGCCCAUCUGGGCUGUCUACGAAGCAACUACAGGCGGAGAUCAUGGAAAGGGUGAUCCAGCCCUCCUCGAGAAGAUCACAAAGUCCUUGAACCUUACCAUUCCUCAGCACAUUAAGCGUUCACGCGACCCCCGUGCUUUAUUAACCACCGUCUUUGCAAGUUGGUUGCCGCUUUCUACUGCUCUCCUAGUGUCAGUAAUCGAGCACCUGCCUUCUCCUGUCAAUGCUCAGGCAGCUCGCAUCCCGCCGCUCCUGGAGGCUUCUCCCGGCUUUGAUCACAUCGAUCCAAAGGUGACUACUGCCAUGACAGAGUCUAGGAAGUCGACAGAGGAACCUGUUGUUGCUUAUGUCAGUAAGAUGGUUUCGGUACCAGAGAGUGAGCUUCCCAUCAACAAGCGACGUGGAGGCGCACUCACCGCAGAAGAGGCUCGCGAGUUGGGUCGCAAGAAGAGAGCUGAAAUCGCCAAGGCACAAGCCCUUGCGAGUGGCGAAAAUCCUGAUGUCGAUGCUGUUGCUGAUGCUCUUAGCACGGUGGCUAUUGGAGAGGAUGAUGAUGCCGACGCCGCGCCUAACGAUAAUGAGGAAGCAGAGCAAGAAGACAGAGAACACCUUAUCGGUUUCGCACGUUUGUAUUCGGGUACCUUGACUGUCGGUCAGGAAGUAUACGUCCUGCCGCCCAAGUUUACCCCAGCUAACCCGAGAGCCGCACCCGAACCCAAGAAGGUUACAAUCACUGCUUUGUACCUUCUCAUGGGUCGUAGUUUGGAGGCUCUCAACUCUGUUCCUGCAGGCUCCGUGGUUGGUAUCGGUGGUCUUGAAGGGGCCAUCUUGAAGUCGGGCACUCUCUGUUCUCAACUCGAUGGCGCACCCAACCUCUCUUCAUCAUCUGCUAUCAGCACCAAUGCCCCCAUUGUCCGCGUUGCAGUCGAGCCCGCGUGGCCGGCAGAUCUGGACAAGAUGGUCAAGGGUUUACGCUUGCUUGAACAAGCCGACCCAGCAGUCUUGUAUGAGCAGCUAGAGAGCGGUGAACACGUUAUCCUUACCGCUGGCGAACUGCAUCUGGAACGCUGCUUGAAGGAUCUUCGUGAACGCUUCGCCAAAUGUGACGUUCAAGCUGGAGAGGUCAUUGUGCCUUACAGAGAAGGCAUCACCAACUACGUCGCCUCAUCAACCACGGAGAAUAGAGAAGAGAUGAACCCACCCAAGUACCCCGAACUAGGAAGAGGCAGAGUCGAUGUUGUCACCACGAGUAAGCAGAUCACGGUGCGUCUGAGUGUACGACCUCUACCUGAGUCAGUUACGCACUUCCUUGUCAAGAACACGGCUGCAAUCAAGAGACUCUAUUCCGAGAAGAAGGCAGUGCAACAGGAUUCUCCUGCUGCUGCCGAGGAGUCCGAAGAACAAGAGACUGAACAUGAAGCCGGCAACGAUGUUGGCACUGUUGAGUUGGGCCGAACAUUGUCUAUGAAUGAAUUCAAGACUCAAUUGGGUGCAGCAUUUGCUGAACUCAAGGGUGAGAAGGAGGUUUGGCAAGAUGCCACCGAAAAGAUUACAGCCUUUGGACCUCGUAGAGUAGGACCGAAUGUUCUCAUUGAUGCCACCAAAGGAGGUAUCUGCGGNAAAAUUGUAAGUGCCAAAUCGACCCCUUAUGAUGUUAGAAUGCUAACGUGUUGUAGCCUGCGUGAUGUGAAAGACGAUAAUGAUGAGUCGAAUGGUACAGACGCCCGACCUGAUCAACUACGAGCUCAAGACUUUGUCGACAAGAUCACCUAUGCCUUCCAGCUUGCUACAAACCAAGGCCCUCUCUGCAACGAACCUAUGCAAGGCGUUGCUGUUUUCGUCGAAGAUAUCACCAUCAACAAGACCGAUGACGAGCAACAGAACAUGGGCCGCCUAACUGGUGAAGUGAUCAAGUCUACACGAGACAGCAUCCGUCAAGGCUUCUUUGACUGGAGUCCUCGUCUGCUCCUGGCCAUGUACAGUUGCGAAAUUCAAGCUUCCGCCGAGGUUCUGGGUCGUGUGUAUGCAGUCAUUACUAGACGCCGCGGCCGAAUCAUCUCCGAAUCUCUCCUCGAACCCUCGCCCAACUUCACCAUUCUGGCCUUGUUGCCUGUCGCAGAAAGUUUCGGUUUCUCGGAUGAGAUCCGUAAGCGAACUUCGGGUGCUGCCAGCCCUCAACUUGUCUUCGAAGGCUUCGAAAUGCUGGAUGAAGACCCCUUCUGGGUUCCCAGAACUGAGGAAGAGAUCGAAGACCUUGGUGAAAAGGGUGACCGAGAGAAUGUUGCUAAGCGAUACGUCGACGCUGUCAGAGAGCGCAAGGGUCUGUUCGUCCAACGAAAGGUUGUCGAGCAUGGAGAGAAGCAGAAGACCUUGAAACGUUGA